GUAUUCCUUAUGGAAGCUACAACAUUGCUUCUUGCUAUUGGUGUAGCAUUCCUGCUCUUUCUAAUCAUACGAUGGUUUCUUGAACGAUUCGAGAUUGAUAAGUUGGAAACUAGAGCUGUUUUUAUUACUGGUUGCGACAGUGUCAUCUUUGACUUUAAUCCCAUUGUUGAAGCAUCUCUUUUACACAAGACUGUCUUCGUAGGUUUUGGAAAAGAACUAGUUGUACGAUGUGCUGAGAGAGGCAUGCCAGUGUUUGCUGGAUGUUUAUUUGAGAAAUCUAUAAACGAUUACCAACAGCUCUCGAAGAGUUAUCGAAUCCCUGUUGACGCAUUUAUUAUUGAUGUCACUAAAGACGAUAGCGUUAAUAACGCCAAGGCUUAUUUAGAAUCAAGAACAAAACAAUAUGGAGGUUUUUAA